AUGCUAUUGUCUACAUCCUCGGCGGGACGGUCACAAUGUCUGCGAAUACAGCCCCACCAUAUCUUGCUAGAAGUCGGCGGAAGACGUUCUCCGCAGGGCAGCAUUGCGGCUCGAUCGUUCACAAACUCCACACGAAUCAGACAGGAGCCCGCAUUGGAUGAUGGCGAACCUGAGCAGCAGACCCAACUACGCAUCCACCACGAUGAUGGUUCUCGCCGCGAUCGGGUUGUUGGACGGCCUGCUGAAGUCGUGGUCCUCCGUGAUGUUGCGGACGAUGCCAGCGUGCCGCAGCAGAUAGCUGUGCCUUCCCCAAGUGGUGGGGUGGAGCUGCUGCAGGGCGUGGCAUCAACGAGAGCACCGCCAAGCGAGCACGAGGAGGUCAUGACAUCAAUAGAUCUCCUCAGGCCACAGGACACCGUCAUGGAAGCUGAGGAGAUAAAGCAACUGAAGCAGCAGUUGACGAAGAGCUACAAUGCUGAGCAGCUCAGGAACUACCUCAUCCAUCAUACCACUCCGUCAAGUGGUACAGCACAGUCUACAGGCACGAUUGAUGCCCCCGCGGCCAGUACCGCUAUGCCAAUCACGAUGUGGCAAUCAGGCCGAACGUCGAUCGAGCAACGAAUAGGACGCAUCCCAUAUAACCGAAAUGAGCUUGAAAAGAAAAAGCCGCUGCUUGCACAAGAGAUCAUUCGCAAUGCUUGGCAUUUGAUCACUGAGGAGGAGGUACAUCAAGUCGGCGAGCUAGAGAUGUAUGUCAAGAGCUGGCAGACAGCAUACUUGUUCGAUCUCAAGCGUGGGAAGCUACAGCAAUUUGAGACUCUGUUCGAGUCUCCACUUCUGGCUCGCGCUACCACUGUCCGACCAUAUCGAAAAGACGAUAUUGUGCGGAUUACUGGCCGGAAGGCAGAUGCGGAAGAGGUGGCUCGGUGUAUCCAAGCUGGACUGGAAGGUGUGCAACAGGACCACCUUGAUCUGCGGCCCUUUCGACCUCUGCUUGGAACACCUGGAUGGUCUGGACAACUGGAGCAGAUCUUUCAUCCUCAAGAUCUGGACUACAUAUCUGAAAAGACCGGUUCAAUCUUCCGCAUAGGCGAUGAUCAUCGAAUGAGCAUUUACAGUGCAGCCAACCAUCCUCAAUUCACACAUGCGAAGCGACUUCUGCUGUCUCUGCUCAAUCUCCCUUCGACCACCAAGACCUUUAUUUACGAUGAUGUCCAAGCGCGCUCUGCGGCCACAGCGGGUGUGAAGCUCGGAGAAGAGCCUCAGAUUACGGAGUGGCCCGUCAUGGAAGUGCACCGCAAGCAUGACCGGCAAAACUGGUAUCGGGAAGUGCUUCCGGUGACGAAGAGAGCCGCGCCAACCGACCCUACGACUCCAUCUUCAGAUAGCCUUCAGAUCACGAACUCACCCGCAAGUCUCGGACGACGGACAGCAGAGUUUCUGCAGGAGCUGCCCGGGCUGCGAGGUCGUGACACUGAUGCAGCACAAGAUGCUGAGAAGUGGACUUGUCUCGACCUAGCCAGCUUAUGGUCGGCGAGGAUAGGGUCCCUAAUCGUGUCCAAGGCGAACUGGCAGGAGCGAACACAGUUGAGAACGCAGAAGCGACACAAAGUGGAAAUGCUAGACCACAGCGCCCUUUUUGUUGACGAGGCUGGUGGGAAGGUGCCGCUGCUUGAGAACUUUGAACCUGAUAUAAGUGAUCAGUCAAGCAGUAGACAAAACGCUCAACAACUACUGGUACACAUCCAACCAUCGCCAGUUACUGCUGCGGGUCUACAGCAGCUACGGGCACUCCCGUCACUCGUUACUGCCUUUGACAUGAGCAAGGGUUCUUCUACGAAAGACACUCAUACACUUGACCCGAAGUUUGAGAGUUUUGUUGCCACAUCAGCUCGACAAGAGGUGCAUGAACCUUUGCCGAAUCAAGCCGCAGACGUCUCAUUCUCGCGCUUAACAUCUUUCCAUCAGCUCCCUAGUGCAAUAGCACAGCAGAGUGGACUGGACCACCUUGUGAACGAGCUGAUCGUGGCGUUGAGGACGCCAGGCGCUGCCUUGCCAAGCUUGUCAAACAUCGACAUACCUCUGCCGACGGGCGUGCUGCUUGGCGCGAAGGAAUCCGAGCAAGACGGUGAGUCUUCGAACACGACCUCGUACUUCAUCUCGCAUUUCGAGCAGGUCACGACUACCGAUCUCAUACCACUUCAGAGUCCUGCUCGGCGAGAGGGCAUGGACCCGGGAGUGCGCAGGAUGGCUGAGCAGUGGCCAGCAUGGCUGGUCUUGCGUCUACGUGAGGUCGAUGCCGGUCCGCUCGCUGGUCGGCGGACGGAGAUGCUGCUGGUGCAUCGGAAUAAGACUGACAUCGGCAGCCGGUCAGGGGAGACUGAGGUCACCAAAUUCGAUAGUCUCGGUCGUGGGCAGGAUGACGAGGCGGCAAAAAUCGUACACAGUGAUGAUGGAGAGGGAGCUUCCAAGGUCGUCGUAUUGGCCAAGACUGCUGUGCAGCUCACUCGUGUGAUGACAAGAGGUCAGGCUGGACAGCUGCGGUCGAUUCACGGGCACUGGAUCUAA